AGUCAGCCAGAUAGCCAGCCAGUCAGUCAAUCAGUCAGACAGUUCAGUCAGCUACGCAGCUACGCUGCCAGCCAGUCAUCCAGUCAAUCAGUCAGUCAGCUAAUCAUUAAGUCAUCCAAUCAGUCAGCCAGCCAGCCAGCCAGUCAGCCAAUAUGUCAGCCAGCCAGUCAGUCAUCAGUCAGCUGGUCAUUCAACCAGCCUGACAGUCACCCACCCACCCACGUGCAUACCAUAAAUCCAAUUCUGAGCACACAGUACCGCUAAAAGUAUACACACUAAAAAGAUUUGGGGUGGAAGAAAACAGGCUUAGUAUUUUGAAAUAAUGAAUGUUUAAUAUAGAUCAUUUGAAUCACACGCGGGAGGAUGCUCACAAGACUCAGCUGAUCUCACGUCUCCAGAGGCAGCUCUGAGAUGACGCCUUUUUGUCUCACACACGUACCCUUCCUAGCUUUAUCAUAACAAAUUAUAAUAGUCAGCUCAUACACUACAUUUUGUAGUUAUAUGGAGUCAUAGUUUGCCUAUAUUGUUUUUUUCUUUCGUGAUGCUGUGAGAUGUUUGUUUCAAUAGCGGGCUACCAUGAGUACCGUACUUACCUACUUUUGCCCAAACACUUAUAUUUUAUCUUACUAAGCCAAAAUUUGGUGACUUUAAACACACAUGAAUAACAAUUUUCAAGUUAUCAAGAAACAUAUGUAGCAAUAAACCCAUAAAACUCAGAUAUGAGAUGAUACAGACACCAAAAUCGUAUCACUUUAUGGAUGAGUUUUUAACCAUAUAUACUAGAAACUCGGUUAAUUUGGGGAUAUGAAUGAUCUGUACAGUUCUAACGUUUAAGAGGAAGGGAGGAUAUAAGGCCAGUGAGGUGCGAAUUUAGCCCUUUCCAUUCCUAACCCUGAACCAUCGUCUGCUGUGCGACAUAACCCAUGUACUGAGACCCAGGGAGGAAAACAACAUAUAUUUCCCCUUAUAUCCCUCCAUUCCUCAUAUCCCACCCACCUCUUGCCCUCCAAGUAAACAAGAACCACAGAAUUAUCAUCCCAUGCUACUUAUACAAGAAUUAGACACGGGAAAUGGGAGAAAUAAAGGGAAAAAAAGAGGAUGAGGAGAGGGCGGUACGGUCCAUUGGGUGCAUGUGAGGUGAGUGUUUACUAGCAGAGCGGGGUGAAGCAGAGAGGAGCACGGUUGCAUCUCCCUGACCGUCACUCAUCUCGCCCUCGCCACCCACUCCGGGGCUUCACUCCCUCACCAGCCACCAGGAACCGAGCCUUCACUCCUCGCAAUGGUGACGGCAAGCAACAGGAGCAGCGGGGAGGGCAAGGAGGACAAGAAAGGAGGCGCCCCCAGCAACGGCCACGUCUCCAGUCAGUGUGAGGCGCGCCAGAAGGAUGGAGACAGUGGCAUGCGUGUGGGGAAGGCAUACCAGGCUGAGAUCCCCCCACUGCUCCCCUCCAAUGAGCGGCGGCCAGAACAGUGUCCAGAGAGGGCGCUGCUGGUGUGGGCGCCCAAGUUUGAGCUGAACGAAGAGAGCCUUGAGCAGUACAUCUGGCUAGCCAAGGACAAGUAUGGCUACAAUGCAGAGCAAGCUCUUGGGAUGCUCUUCUGGCACCGACACGACCUGGAGAAGGCGACAGCAGACCUGGCCAACUUCACUCCCUUCCCUGACGAGUGGACCACUGAGGAUAAGGUUCUGUUCGAGCAGGCCUUCCAGUUCCAUGGCAAGAGUUUUCACCGCAUUCGCCAGAUGCUGCCAGACAAGACCAUCGCACAGCUGGUCAAGUAUUACUACCUCUGGAAAAAGACUCGUCAACGCAGCUCUCUUAUUGACCCGCCACGCCCGCAAGCACACGGCCAAGCUGCAGCAAAUUUCCGAGGGUGUUGUGGGGACAGCAGUGGGGACCGGUCAGAGGAGGACGAGGAAGGGAAGGGCGGCGAGGAGUCAAAGACAUGCUCGAACUGCACCAUCCCUGCCUCCAUGCUGAACGAGUCUCCCAAGGGCCUGCAGUGCCUCACCUGUUACAACCACUGGAAACUGGGAUUCCACAGGAAAAUGGGAACCCUGCGUCCGACAGUGGGGCCAAUGAAGCGCGACAAGCAGCUCAUCAAACACAAACGGCGGCCUCCACGCGGCAUGCACAUCAACCAUGAGGAUCUAAUGGCCAUGAUCUCCUCGGGUCCCCCUGGCCCCCCCGGUGCCCCCACCCCCGGCCAGCAGCUGCUCCGACACAUGGAGAACGAGGUCAUUGCUCUCAAACGCCAGGUGCAGAUCAACAAGGCUCAGAUCAGCAGCCAGCGCAGCAAGAUAGCAGAGGACGGCAUCACUACCUUCAGGCCGCCACCCCAGGCUGGCCCCCCCAAGGCCAAGUGGUCACAAGAGGAGCUGCUUCUGGCUGUUCAGGCGGUGAGGUACUUUGGCAAGGACUUCAAGGCCAUCGCUGAGAUCGUGGGAAACAAGACAGAGAACCACGUGCGCAGCUUCUUCGUGACGUACCGCAAGCGUUACAACCUGGAUGGCGUGCUGCGGGAGUGGGAGGAGGAGCACGGCCCAGUCCGCACCAGUGAAGCCGAGUGACACCAGCCCAUGCAGCCACCACCGCCGCCCACUACCACCGCCACCACCACCACUCCCACCACGACAACAGAGUCAAAAUAAGUGGUACCUGUGUGGAAGGUACCACUGUGGGGCUCUCUAGGCGGCACUGGUGGCUCUUGCAGUCUUACAAUCCCCUGGUACUGUGUUGGGAGGGACCUGGAAGCCUUGAGUCACUUGGUAAGGUUUCCAGGUUCUUGUCCUGCUGGUGAUGAUCCUUCAGCAUCUCAGUUUUGGAUGCCAGAAUGAUGAUGCUGUUUCUUGGGUGUGUUGUGUUGUUAUGUGUUGCAAAUAUUAAUAUCCAGUAUGAAGAUUGUGUGUAUUUUUUAGGUUUCCAAGAGGAUGCAAUAUUGAUACAUGUCACAGAAUUGAUAUUUUUGAGUUCAUGUGGGUCUGUCAGGGUGUUCAGCUUGAAAUGCUGCAGGAUUCACACACUCACUCUAGAUUUCAUUAUAGGUACUGCAGAGUUGUUGUAAAACACACAUUAAGAAUAUUGUGUUGUAGAAUCCACAUACACACACACACACCCAAGUAAUUUUUUUUUGAGGAUGGUUUUGCUCGUAUACUGCCCAGAGGUGGCAAGCUGACACCUCAAGAUGCUGUGUGUUUCGGGGAUGAGUGACACACCUCAGAAAAACACAUUCUUUAUAAUACUGGUAAAGAGUGUGUGUUGCGGGAGUCACACACACACACACACACACACACACACACACACACACACACACACACACACACACACACACACACACACACACACCUUAAUAACGACCGAACCUUCACGGAGAUAGUGUGCUGAAGGUUGUUGCAAAGUUGACACACCAGAAAAUGUGUUCUUUGAGUGUAAAAACUGUUAAGUGUAUGUGUAUUGUAGAAAUGACACAAGCACACACACAAAAAAAAAAAAACCCAGUGACGAUUUGAAUCUUCAGGGUUGUCACUGAUUCCUUGUCAAUUGAUCACCUCUAGAUGUCGAGGCACGGUAGCAGCAGCAGCAGCAGCAAUAGCCUGAGGUGCACGAGUUCCUAAUGUUUACUGGCGGCACACACAAGGCUGCCCUUCACUUGUGUCCUGCCGCUGCCAACACGCAAUGCUACACCAAGCCGUUUUCCCAUUUUCUGCAUUUCCCACCUGCAUGGUUCACACCGCUGCCAUUUUUUGCUGUCAUAAGCCAUGGAGGUGAACUUUUCUGCCAUGAUAGUGUGUAGAAGUGAUGUAUUAUUAUUAUUAUCAUUAUUAUUAUUAUUAUUAUUAUUAUUAUUAUUAUUAUUAUUAUUAUUAUUAUUAUUAUUAUUAUUAUUGUUAUUAUUGUUUUAUUUAUUUUUAAGAGUGUUGCACCUUUGUGUCAUCAAUUGUGAGUGGUAGAGUAUUUGAGAUUGAAAUGGAGAUCAAUGGAGUUACGGUACCAAUGAGUGGCUUCACUGUUUUCAUCACCAUAACACACACAAUCUCCCACACACACACACAGUGCACGGCCGUAAAUGAAAGCAAGAGAGAGAGAGAGAAGUAGAUCUAAUGCCCCAGCACUGACUAAGUGUACAGUACAGUAGAUGUAUUUAUUAUUUUCCUACACCAUCACGCUAACUGGUGGACUGUCCAUGUAGAUUAAGACAUUAGACUUGUAGAGGACAUGGGAGUGUUCUGUGAGGGACCAGGAUGUGUGUGUGUGUGUGUGUGUGUGUGUGUGUGUGUGUGUGUGUGUGUGUGUGUGUGAGAGAGAGAGAAUGAAAAAUAACACAUCUGAACCUCAAUUGUGGGUUAAGCAAGGAAGACAUAAGUCUCUCUCUCUCUCUCUCUCUCUCUCUCUCUCUCUCUCUCUCUCUCUCUCUCUCUCUCUCUCUCUCUCUCUCUCUCUCUCUCUCUCUCUCUCUCUCUCUCUCUCUCUCUCUCUCUCUCAGUCAUAACUUUUAAGAAAUUAAAACCUAAACUAUUGAAAAAUGUAGUAUGAGCCUUUUGUUUGUUUGUUUUUCUGUACAUUAUUGGAUAAAGGAAGAAAAUAGUAUUAAUGUGAAGAAGAAAAAACACUGAAAAAAAUUUCUUACACUUAUAAAACAUGCUUGUAUUUUGCCAGAUUUUGUGGCUCACAUCCCUGCAGGCCGCAUCCCAUCACAUGUCACCCCAUACAUAUGUACAUUAGCAUCAAAUCCUCUAUAUUUAUAAUGCACACACUCAUUUUAUUUUUGCCAUACUUAUCCCAGCACAUCCCUAGCAGCCCACAGCUCAUCACCCCUCACCUGUUUUUCACUCACGUGUACAUUUCACCAUGGGUUCCCUUACAUUUAAGACACACACUUGACACUCCAGCAGAUUCAUCGAGUUCACCCACCCUCAGCAAGCCAUCGUCACCCACUCACCCACCCUCCACCCGUGCAUUUGUACAUUUAAGCAUCACCAUUGCCUCACACCUGCACUCCACAUCUGUACAAAGCUGCAUGUACACCCCCAAUGGCACCCGUUCUUAGUCCCAGAGUCGUCACACACAUCACCCCUCGCCCUUCUUGUGUUCUCCAGUAUUAUGUUCUUCCUCACAUUUCCUGGUAGUGAUGGUUGGUCCUGUGUGUUUUAGCCUUAAGGAUUUCUCUUUUAAGUUUUUUUGUGUGAAGGGGAGGAUGAGUUGUGUCUCUCUCUCUCUCUCUCAGUGUGGGAAGUCAAACACUGAUCAAUCUUAAUACUGCUAGGUGUUGACAGUGUGGGUUGAUCUUGAAGUCUUAUUGUCAGAGUCGAUCAUGUGUAAUUUUUUCCCAUUCAUGGUAGUGAUUGAUUGUGUGUGUAUUAAAGUAGGUGAUUUUUUUUCAUCUAGAAAGUUUCCUUGAUGAAAAACAACUGUGUGUUUUUUCUCUUCUCUGUGUUAAGACAUGCAGUGAUUGUAUGGUAAAGGAAAUGAACUUACAAACUCACUCUCUCCGUCUUAAAAAUUCACCUUAUUAUGGGAGGUCUGAUCAUGUAUUUUUCUUCUCUAGUGUUUGUUUGUUGUAUACUUUUUAUAUAACUCUCUCUCUCUCUCUCUCUCUCUCUCUCUCUCUCUCUCUCUCUCUCUCUCUCUCUCUCUCUCUCUCUCUCUCUCUCUCUCUCUCUCUCUCUCUCUCUCUCUCUCUAAGUGAAAAUUUACCACACGUUUCUUUUUCUCAUCUCAGUCACUCCAGUAACAUUUCUCGUAUUCUUUUAUAUAAUCUCACCAGUCAUGUGUUUGGUUUCCUCUUGCCUCCUAUCAAGUGUUCCUUUAUCUCAAGACACCCAGAUAUUUCAUGAUUGUGCUGUGGUGAGGUGUAGUGCCUGAUGUGUCUGUGUGUGUGUCUGUGUUGAUCCCUGGAUACUGUGGAGAUUGGAUAGUUUGCUGGUGUGGGAAAGGCUAUAUAGGUUUGUACUGGCUUGAUUUGUGUGAUCUGUUCAGUUUGCUGGUUCUCCCUCUCUCUUUUUUUUGUCUCUGUCCAAUCAUUGCCCCUUUUCUAUAUGCUCAUCAUCUCUAUCUACUUAUCUGAAGGAAUGACUUGUGAAGAUAACUUUGGGAAAGCAGGCAGGCAGGGUCCCAUAAUAAAUUCAAUCACUUUUUGUCCCCCUCUUAUGAAGAUUGAGUUGCAAAGCUUUGUAGAAGUGAAGCUAUGUGAAGUAUUGAGUCAGUGAUGUGCCUUGAAGUGUCCCAUGAGCUUGUUAGUUUAGGAAGGGACGUGUGUGGCUGUCCGUGAGUGGAUCCUGUCAUUUGUAUAGGAGUCGGUCGGCUACUGCUCUCCAGAAUCCCUGUCAUGCCUGUCAUGUAAAAUUUAUACAGCAUCAAACUUUCACUUCUUUAGAUUUGUUCCCAUAAAAACACACAGCUUUCUAGGCACCUCUGUACAGCAGUCUCUUAAAUGAAACUGACAUUAAAAGGCAAAAACUAUACUUAUCUCC